AGAAAGGUGCAUUCAGUAUUGCGGCAAAAACCGGAGUGCCCGUGGUUCCAAUCACUAUAAAUGGAACUGGUAAAAUCAUGCCUACUGGAAGUGAGAGUAUACUGAAUCCGGGAUCUGUUAGAGUUGUUAUCCACAAGCCUAUAGAAGGAAAUGAUCCAGAAGUACUUUGCCAUGAAGCCAGAAACAUUAUUGCAGAUUGUGUACCAUUCUAACAGUUCAUUUUGAGAAUUGUGUUCUAGUUUUCUUGAGGUAACGACGAGCAAGCUCUCACAUGUAACAGUCAUGGCAUUUUUUUAGAUUCUCAUCAGAGCUUGUCACGCCUAUUCUUGAGUUUGUGUCGUGAUGAAUUGAAUCAAUCCCAUCCACUUAUACCAGUUGCUCACAGUUUUAUGUCUUAAGCGUGGCAUUGGAUUUUGCUCACACCUUAUAGAUUGGCCAUAAGUAUAUGAUAAAAACGUUGUUGCCGUGUUACGUCAGAUUAAACUUGCAUAUAUUUCAUUGUAUACCAAUGCCAUCAAAGUUGAUUUUGUAGAACAUUGAUUUUGUUAGUACUUAUCAUUCUAUAUGCAUACAUACACACCAA